AUGUUCAAACGAGUCACAACCAAGUCUGCGUCGUCAAUGGCGUCAUCAAUGGCGUCGUCCGUGGCGACAAGACCCUUCCUCUCCAUUCGACACAACUCCAACACGGCUUGGAUCCAACAACUGGUGGACAAGACUGAAGGAAAGGGAUACGACGUGGCCAAUGCUGGAAUGAAGAGCCACAAGGUAGCGUGGGGCGACCACGACUGUUUUAACCAUGUGAACAACUGCGUGUACCUCAAGUGGUUCGAGACGGCCCGAGUCAACAUGUUCAACGAUGUCAUGGGUAAUCAGGAGGGAGAGGAAUGCAAGCUCUUCAUGACCCCCAAGGCGGUGGGACCGAUUCUGAGAAGUGGAGAUUUGGAAUGGCGAUAUCCCGUCCAAUUCCCCGAUACGGUCACUGUCAUGCACAAGGUCGAGCCCAUCGACUCGCCCGACAGAUUCAUUCUGCGAGGAGUGGUGGUGUCGCACAAUGCCAAAAAGGUGGCUGCUCGAAUCAAAGAGACCAUUGUCACGGUCGACUACAGAAAGGGUGGAGUCAAGGCUCCCAUUCCCGACGGAGUGCGCAAGACCCUUGACAAGCUGGCUGCAAAGACCACCCCCAGGCCCGCCAGAAAGUAG